AUGGCCAAGGUCGACCACAUCCUCACCCUCUCGUGCCCCGACAGGCCCGGCAUUGUCCACGCCGUCACCGGUGUGCUUGCCUCGCUCGAGCUCAACAUUCUCGACCUGCAGCAGUUCUCGGACCCAGUCUCGGACAAGUUCUUCAUGCGCGUGCACUUUGGCUUCACCGAGUCGGACGAGGCUUCCCAGCUCAAGCAGCCAUUUGAAGAACUGUCGACAAAGUUUUCGUUCGACUACUACGUGAUCCGCCCCGCCGCGCGCAAGACCCGCGUCCUCAUCAUGGUGUCCAAGAUCGGACACUGCCUGAACGACCUGCUGUUCCGCAUCAAGGAGGGCAAGCUCAACGUCGAGGUCCCCAUCAUCGUCUCCAACCACCCCGAUUUCGCCCAGCUCGCUGCCAACUACGGCAUCGAGUUCCGUCACCUCCCCGUCACCAAGGACACAAAGGACACGAAUACGCAGCAGAUUCUCGACGUUGUCAAGGAGUUCGACAUUGAGCUCGUUGUCCUCGCCCGUUACAUGCAGGUUCUCACGCCUCGUCUCUGUUCCGAGAUGAGCGGCCGCAUCAUCAACAUUCACCACUCGUUCUUGCCUAGCUUCAAGGGCGCCAAGCCCUAUCACCAGGCCUACGAGCGCGGCGUCAAGACCAUUGGUGCGACCGCCCACUUUGUCACGGCAGACCUUGACGAGGGACCCAUCAUCGAGCAGCGUGUUGCUCGUGUCGACCACGCAAUGAGCCCCAAGGAGCUCGUCGAGGAGGGCUCCAACAUCGAGAGCCAGGUACUGGCAGCUGCUGUCAAGUGGACAACGGAGGGACGAGUGUUCCUCAACAAAACGAAGACGGUUGUCUUCGCUUAG